AUGGCUACCCUACGUCGUCCAUCGACAUCCCGUCGAAAACUCGCUCUUAUCAUUGGAAAUAACAAUUACUUUCGUCCAGAAAGUAAACUUCGUCAUUGUAUCAAUGAUGCCAACGAUCUCAGCGAAGUUUUGUCCAACGUUCGUUUUCAUGUCACGACUAAACUUGAUUUAACCGGUUCACAGAUGAUCGCAACAAUUAAUAGUUUCUCUAAAACAAUCAAUGAUGGUGAUUUAGUUUUGUUUUAUUUCUCUGGACAUGGAUAUCAGAUCAAAGGAACAAAUUAUCUCAUGCCGAUUGAUGAUGGACAAAUUGAAACGGAAGAUGAUGUUGAAGAUUUUGCUGUUCCGGUUGAACGAACAAUAAAAAGAUUGGCGGAGAAGACUUCUUCCUAUGUAACUAUAUGUAUUCUCGAUUGUUGUAGAUUAUAUUGGCCAAAGCGAAGUCCAAAACCCAAAGCGGUGACUGAAGGAAAGGGUUUACAUACGAUGAAAUCUCCUGCUGGAACGUUUAUCCAGUUUGCAUGUGAUGCAGAUCAAACAGCGAGUGAUGGAUUAGAUGAUGACCGAAAUGGUUUAUUUACCAAACAUCUGUUAAAACAUAUUGCAAAUCCAAAUGAAGAUAUCGUGCAGAUUUUUCAAGGUAUCGCCGCCGAUGUUUUCGAAGAAAGUAACCGAACGCAAAGACCUUUGAGUAUUAACGCUCUGUAUCGACGUGGACAUGUGUAUUUAAAUGAAACUCCACUGAAUAAUCUAGGACGAGGACUUCUUUCGCGGAAUUUGGAGAUUAGUACGAAAUGGAAGCAACAUGGAACAACCAUUGCUGGUGGAUAUGGGAACGGAACACAAACGAAUCAACUUUACUGUCCUCAUGGUAUUGGAAUUCAGACGGGUGAACAGAAAAUUUACAUUGCUGAUUUGGGAAAUCAUCGAAUUGUUGAAUGGAAAUGCGGAGCAAAUAAUGGACAAGUUGUCGCAGGUGGAAAUGGAAAAGGAAAUCGUGCAGAUCAAUUGAAUCGUCCGACAGAUGUGAUUGUCGAUCGAAUAACUGAUACGUUAAUCAUUUGUGAUUAUGGAAAUCGACGUGUUGUUCGUUGUUCACGUCGAAAUCGUCUCAAUCAACAAACGAUCAUUUCAAAUAUCAAUUGUUGCGGGUUAACGGUGGACUUUUUCGGAGAUCUCUAUGUGUCUGAUGCGGAUAAUCAUGAAGUUCGACGGUGGAGACAAGGAGAAACUUAUGGAACAGUUGUCGCUGGUGGCAAUGGUAAAGGUGAUCAUUUGAAUCAAUUAAAUUUUCCGACAUUUAUCUUUGUCGAUCAAGAAGUUUCAGUUUAUGUUUCCGAUCGAAAUAACAAUCGAAUUAUGAAAUGGAAAAAAGACGCUAAGGAAGGAACUGUCGUAGCUGGAGGACAUGGACAAGGAAAUAGUCUCGCACAAUUAUCACACCCCGAAGGAGUUAUUGUCGAUCAAUUUGGAAGUAUCUAUAUUGCAGAUUGUUAUAAUCAUCGAAUUGUUCGUUGGUUACGAGGAGCUACGGAAGGAACUGUUGUUGUCGGAGAGAAAGGACGUGGAAAACAAAACAAUCAAUUCAGUUGUCCAACAGGAGUGGCGAUCGAUCGUGAAGGUCGAUUGUAUGUUGUCGAUUGUAGUAACGAUCGUGUUCAGAAAUUCGAUGUGGAUACUACGUAA